GUUUCCGGGAGCGCGCACGUCGGAACCAGGAAGCAACGUCAAUCACCGGCAGUCCUCGCCGUUCCCGCGCGUGAAGGGGCUCAGCUAGAGCACAGCUUCCGGAGUCCGGACCUCGACCGGGCUCAUGUGGACGCUGCACCCCGCCGCGGGCCCGGCCCGAGGGGACCCUUAUCGACUUUUGCUUAAUGUCGAUUACGUUGUUGGAAGAAAAAAUUGUGGAAUUCUAAUUGAAGAUGAUCAGUCAAUCAGUAGAAAUCAUGCUUUGUUGACUGUCAGACAUUCUAUGACCAACCUGAGUCAGGCUUCUGAAAUCCCUAUAUUGACAAUAAAAGACAAUUCUAAAUAUGGUACGUUUGUUAAUGAAGAGAAAAUGCAGAAUGGGAUUCCACUACCUUUAAAGACAGGAGACAGAGUUACCUUUGGAGUCUUUGAAAGCAAAUUUAGAGUGGAAUAUGAACCAUUGGUUGCAUGUCCCUCUUGUUUAGAUAUGUCUGGAAAAACUCUUUUAAAUCAAGCUGUUUUACAACUUGGAGGACUUGUUGUAAACAACUGGACAGAAGAAUGUACUCACCUUGUCAUGGUGUCAGUUAAAGUUACUAUUAAAACAAUAUGUGCACUGAUUUGUGGUUGUCCUAUUGUAAAACCAGAUUAUUUUACUGAAUAUCUCAAAGCCGUUCGGACAAAGAAACAGCCUCCAAAACUUGAAAGUUUUUAUCCUCCCAUUGAUGAACCUGCUAUUAAUAAUGAAAAUCUGGAUCUAACAAGGCGUAAAGAAAGAAAACAAAUAUUCAAUGGGAAAACUUUUAUAUUUUUAAAUGCCAAGCAGCAUAAGAAAUUGAAAUCAGCCAUUCUUCUUGGAGGUGGUGAAGCUAAAUUGGCAACAGAAGAAGAUGAAGAAGCUGUUUCUUUUAUAACUCCUGGAACAUGUAUUGUUGAUGCAGGAUUAACAGAUUCACAGGUUUUAGUACCUGAUUCUACGAGAAAAUGGAUUCGUUCAAUUAUGGAUAUGCUUCAAAGCCAGCAUCUUAGAGCCAUCCCUGAAGCAGAAAUUGGAUUAGCUGUUAUUUUCAUGUCCACAGAGACUUAUUGCAAUCCUGGUGCAGGACUGACUCCAACUCCAAGGCCAAGUCUUUCUCAGAACAUAGUGGUAAAUGAAACCUUAAUGCCAGGCACCACAAUGAAUAUCACGGCAUGUAUACCUGACACAGAAUCAGAACAUGCAGAUACUUGCAUGGAUUUAAGUGAAAGUCCAAAAGAGAAUGAAAAUGCCCAAAUGGAACAGAGGUCCAAAGUGUUCUCACAAGAAAUAUUCACUGUAAAAGAGACUGCGAACACAAAUUACAGUGUUAAUUUAGGGACAAAGCCAUUUAAUCAUACUAUAGAAAAAACUCCAAAGAAUCAUCUUUCUCCAACUCAGAUUUCAAGCAGAAGGAAAGAACAGGCUUCUCAGCAACAACAGGCUAACUCCAUUAAAAACUAUUUCCAGUCAGUUACAAAGAAAAGGGAAAGGGAUGAAGAAGAGCAAGAAGAGUCUGUAUCCAAAUCUGCAAAGGUAGAAUUGUCUUGUUCUCUUUUAGACCAAACACAGCCCACUACUUCUUCCGCAUGGAGAAACCAAGAACAGUACCAAUCCCAGAAAGGACCAUGUGCAUUGGACAGAAAAACAGAUGAAACAUAUGGAAGCAUUAAUCUAAAACCUAAUGUAAAUAAUCCUGUUGAUGAAGUUCUUAAGAAACCCAGCCUGAGAAAGAGGAAAGAAAUGGAUGAUUUAGCUAUGAAAAGUGAAGUGUUAGAACACUUACAUGAGGGGACAAAACAAGAACCAGAGGUUGAAGCUGGAGUUCAAGGGCCAACAAAUGAAAUCAGUUUAGGGAAAAAACGGAGACUGGAUAUAAGGAAAAAUGACUCUGAGGAUAAUGAACCAAUUCAAGAGAGUUGCAAAGUUGCUCAAGAAAAUGAACUAGGGAAGAAAUGUGAGGUCAAGCAAGAAACACUUUCUUCUGUAAAAGAACAGAAUGAUCAACUUCAAGAUGGUUGUGAGAUGCUUCCUAAGAAGCUUUUAUUGACUGAAUUUAGAUCACUAGUGGUUAGCCACCCUGGAUCCAGAAAUACAUCCAUUAUAAGAAACGAUUAUGGACAGCUAAACAACUUUAAGAAAUUCAAAAAGGUAGCUUAUCCUGGGGCAGGAAAACUUCCAUGCAUCAUUGGAGGCUCUGACCUAAUAGCUCAUCAUGCUAGAAAGAAUGCAGAAUUGGAAGAUUGGUUAAGACAAGAAAUAGAGGUACAGAACAAACAUGCAAAAGAAGAAUCACUUGCUGAUGAUCUCUUUAGAUAUAAUCCUAAUGUAAGAAAGAGAAGAUAACUGAAGAGUUAAAUAAUGAAGCAAUUAUAUAGCAAGCAUUCACUUGAAUGUUUACAAGGUUAUAAUAUACAGAAGAGAUUUCAAUAGCAGAUGUUUUAUAACUUCCUUUCAUCGUUCAAUAAAAUACAAAAAAAAA